AGAAAGUGAGUGAGCAGACGGUGAUGAACAACAGGAAGAUACUGUGGGGACUUCUGGAGGAACAUGGAGAUGUGAAACUGGAGAGUAUCGAAGACGAAGACGCGAAGAAAAAACGGAAAAAGGCAAAGUUGGUCGAGGGCAAAGACGACAAGCGCAAAGGCGCCAGCACAGGCAACAACCCACCACGAGACCGUAUCCCUCUGCCGGUGAUGAACGAGGAUGAGGUCGACUUGAGACUGAAGGUCCUGCAAGAGAUGCGGCAGUGUGUGCGCCUGGGCCCUGCCUCCCUCCCGUCUGUGUGCAUGUACACGUUCCUGAACACAUACAACGAGAUGUCGUCGCUAGCUUUCAGUGACGACGCCACUCUCUGUGCCACAGGCUUCUCUGACUCAACCAUUCGCCUGUGGUCACUGACGGGAGAGAGCAUGAAGAGCAUGAAGCAGGGCGAAGCACUCGAGGAGUUGGAGAAUUGCGAUCAUAUCAGCAUGGAUAUGCUCAUGGAUGAUACCUCAGCCACUCUUGACAAAACACUACUGGGGCACUCUGGCCCAGUGUACCGAACUGCCUUUAGCCCGUGCAAUAAGUUCCUGUUCUCGGCUUCUGAGGACUCCACAGUCAGGUUAUGGAGUCUCCUAACCCACAGCAAUCUAGUCUGCUACAAGGGACAUAACUACCCCGUCUGGGACCUUGAUGUUGCGUCAGUGGGGCACUAUUUCGUCACCGGCUCACACGACCGCACCGCUCGGCUGUGGUCAACGGACUAUAUCUACCCCCUCAGAGUGUUUUCCGGACAUUUAAGCGACGUUGACGUAAGUUCCAAUCGGUUGCAUGUUUUAGGGUUCUAG